UCACUUUCGAAGAUUUCUUUCCUCUUUUCUCUUCCCACAUCCGCCUCUCCUCUACCAGCCACCGCCUUUCCUCAGACCUUGGACCGCCACCGCCGCCUGCAGAAGUCAGAACUAAGGCAGUGGGAAAACGAGGAAUCCGCUAUCCGCUCGUCGGGAAAGGAAGCUGGAGCCUAGGAGAAUUCCUCCUCUCCUUCGGGUUGAGCCAAUAAGCCUCAAGCGGCUGCCCUGCGAAAGGAGAAGGCGAAAUUGGGCGCUGGAGGAGGAAGAGGAAGCAGUUGACGGUGAACGCUGUUGGUCUCUUUACGGAACAGUGUCAGACUUAGAGGAACGAAGAGUCUCGCAUAAACAGGGCCUCGGUGGAAGAGGGGCGAAUGGCGGGGUUUUGGAUCGCCUUCCCUCCCUCUCCCCCGGCCCCCACCCCGCUCCGAGAGAGUGGAUGUUUUUAAGAGGCGCUCGACUUGCAGAGGUUGUAAAUGCAAGGAUUAGUCAUAAAAUUACCCUUUCAUCAUCAUAGUAACAGUGAAAGGUCGCUAAAUGAAGACUUCCUGUAGCAACAGAGGUCUCAGGCUGGCAGGAAAUCUAAAACUGUUGCUUCACAAUCCACAAUCAGUCAGAUGUUUCUAAGAAUUUCUCCUGUGGAUAGGAAUAGUUCUUUCAUUCAUUCAAACGGUCGAUGUCCCCAUAACUGUGUUCAUGUUUAUGUUAUACAGUAAUAGAACCUGGAAGUCUAAUAUAAUCCUCUUUCUUGAGAAUUGAAAGAAGCCUGCAGAAAAACCAUGGAAGCAGAAUUAAAUGUUGCUGUGAAAAAAGGUAAACUUGAGCUCGUUCAACAGCUGGUGGAAGAUGGAGCAGAUGUUAAUGCAAAGGUGGAAAAUGGCUGGACACCUCUCCAUAGUGCUGUACAAAGAAAUUCUGAAGAGAUUGUUAACUUUCUGCUGGAAAAUGGGGCUGAUCCAUUCGCAAAGAAGGAUAAUGAUGCUACACCUUUUAUUUUAGCAGGCGUGACAGGUAAUGUGAAGCUUUUGAAACUUUUUCUUGAUAAAGGCUCAUGUAUUAAUGAGUAUGACAUCAAUGGCUUCACCGCAUUCAUGGAGGCUGCUUGUUAUGGGCAAGAGGAGGCCCUGAAAUUUUUAUAUAAGAAUGGGGCAGAUGUAAAUCAGCGUCGUGAAGUUGAUGUGACUAAAAAGGCUGUGAAAAAAGGAGGUGCGACAGCUCUGAUGGAUGCUGCAGGUCAUGGCCAUUUUGCUCUGGUCAAAAUCUUGGUUGAGGAAAUGGAUGCUGAUGUAAAUAUCUGUGACAAUCAAGAUGGAAAUGCAUUGAUCCAUGCUCUCUCUGAGGACAAAGACUGGAAUAAAGGCAGAGAAGACUCGGCCCUUUUCCUUCUGAAAAACAACAUUGAUGCCAGUAAGAGGGAUGCAAAUGGGAAAACGGUGCUCAUAUUGGCUGUUGAAAGAGAAAGCCUGGAUCUUGUGAAGGCCAUAUUAGAAUUAGAUGAAGUUGAUCUUAACGAUGCUGAUGAAAAUAACGAAACAGCAUUGCAUGUAGCAGUGAAGAAGAAAAACAAUGCAAUAGCAAAGCUACUAUGUGAAAAAGGAGCAAGAGUAGAUGAUGAAGUCCUGGAUAUUGCCCAUAGAAAUUACCAAAGCAAUUUGAUAGAACUUCUUCAGACAUACGAAUCGCCGGGCAGUCCAAGGCAGCCAGAAAUAUGUAAGGAAUUCUCUACCAAUCGCUGGAGAAUUAAACUCCAGAAACUCAAUCAAAUGCAUCGUCCUAUGAUUGGCAAGCUCAAGAUCUUUCAAUAUCAAGAUUUAUGGAUCCAGAAGACCACCCAAGGAGGGGUCUACCUGGGAUUCUAUGCUGGACAAGAGGUGGCUGUGAAGGUAUUCUGGAAGGAUUCAGAAAAUGCCAAGCGAGAAGAAGUGUGCCUCAAAGAAUGCCGAACCAGCAAAUACCUGGUGAAAUUUUGGGGCUCGGAAACGAGGAAGGCCUGUCUCUAUCUGUGCCUCUCCUUGUGUGAAAAGAAUCUUCAAGAGUACUUCAAGGAAGAAAACAACACAACUAUGGAAAGCAAAAAGAUUCUUAAAAUUAUAUUUCAGGCUGUAAAUGAACUUCAUGCAUUUGGAUUUGGCCAUCAGGAUCUGCACCCAAGUAAUAUUUUGAUAGAUUUCACUGGCAAGAUUUUCCUAGCAGACUUUGAUAAGAGCAGAGAAAUAACUGAUGAUACAAAAUAUUCUGUAAUCUCAGAAGAUCUACAGGGUCUCCAAAAACUUAUCCUGUAUGUUGUGAUGAGAGGUCAGAAGGGCUUUGAACAUUUGCCUAAAGAAUGUCCAAAGGAUGUAGAGGAGAAUAUAAAGGAAAUUGAAGACCUGCGACAAAGACUGGAACUCUCUGACCAAACUACCCUAGCGGAUAGUCUACUGGAAAUGCUGAUCUACCAUCCAUAUUUCUGGUCCAAAGAGAUAAAGUACAGGGUGUUAAGAGAAAUCGGGAAUGAGAUACGUACGGUUUAUAACACAAAUAAAGAUGACAUUCCGAAUGCUUUGAGAUUUACGGAUGAUCCUUUCAUGAACUGGAAAGAAAAGAUUGAUGAAGAAGUAUGGGACUCUAUGGUUAAUCUGGGCAAAGAGAAAGGCAACAAGAAAAAUAAGAAAGGCACAAGAACGUAUGAGAAAGAUGUAACAGGUUUAUUAAAGUUUAUUCGGAAUAUGGGCGAGCACUACCUUGAAAAGGACGAUGAGGUGAGAAAAAAGAUUGGGGAACCUGCAGACUAUUUUCUGGACCGCUUUCCAGAUUUAACCAUUUAUAUCUAUCAGCAAUUGCAUAACACGGACUACAGCAAACAUUUUCCGAAUGCAAAUAAUUCUUCAUAAUCAUAACAUGGGUCAACCACCACUGAUUGUUUAAUGACAUAAUUGAAUGUGACCUACAUAUUUUCUAACUAAAACCAAUCAAUAGUUUUUAUUAGCAGUUAAUACUGUAUGUGAUCCUGGAAAAUCUUCUUUAGACUGUCUUUUGCUCACGGACAAUAUACUCAAACUACAACUGCUAGUUAAGAUACCCACAGAGAAACCAAAUAAUGCAGAAUAUACAGCUGUCAAAUUUACAAUCUAGUCUGACAACACUAAGUUCCCACAGCAUUGGACAAAGCAUGAUGGAGUUGCAUAUUUGCUUCCUCUCCAACCUAAUACGUUGUAUUUGUUAAUGGAACUGCAGAUAUAGGAGUUUAUAUCUCAAAGUCAGUUUCUGUCCAAAAGAAGCCCCUUACCCUUUUUAGUGAGUUGAGAAUCUCUGCUUUCAAGCACGUUUAUUAUAACCCCACAAGGCAGAAUACAAGGUUCUGCCCACUUGGCAAGGUUGAAGAAGCAACUUACAUAAUAAUGCCAGACAUUUGGUCAGUUAAUGAUAUCCUAGAAAUUUGAAUUUCACCACUGGAUGGAGGGCAUGUGAAAUGUUUCAGAAGGAACCCUCCCUAGUAUUCUGGUGUGUACAAAGAAAGGAGGGAGAAAUUGCAGAAUAACUACUGUAACUAUUGCAAAGUUAAGAUAACUUUGCAAUAAAGAUAGAGCUAAUACUCCUAGUUGUGCUCCUUGGCCAGACUACCAUGAGCAACUAACUGUCUAUGCAAGAAGGUCCAUAUUCAACACCUACAGCAGAGGUUCCCAAAUGUUCUUGGUCUUCAAUGCCUUCAUCUCAAUAAUUUUUUCAUAGUGAUCCUAGGUUUGUAGUUUGUGUGGUGUCUGACAGUUCACUGGUAUUGUGUGAUGUUCCUGUGAGUUCAUUGCAGCACCCUGCAAUGGUUCUGCAAGUGCUGAGUUUGGGAUGUGUGAAACUACAUUAUAAAUGGCCACGUGGGCAAUUAUUACUCUCUGCACCUAGCACAUUAAAUUUCACUUUGAUUGUAUUGCUUUACAUAUAAUGUCUACAUCUCUAUGGAUAUGCAUUUAUUCCUAAUUGGUGAUGUCAUGCCAUAUAAGUGGUAUGCUAAACUGAAAUCCAUGAAAGUCUAUGCUGCAAUAAACUUGUUGGUAUGUAAAA